CAUUAUGAUCUUCUGAUUAGUAGAUAGAUUCUCUGUAUGUGAUUCUGUUGAUAUUCUUCUGUUUCUUGAAUUUCUUCGUGGAAUUUUUUUUUCUAGUUUGAUUGCAAAAUUCUGUUGAUAAUCUGCUGCUAUUUUUUUCUUCAAUCAAAUCCUAAAAUCAUCUCAUCUCAUCUAAAUCUUCUUUUUCCUCAAAUCAAAUCCUUCAUCAAACACUUUCAGUUUUAUUUCUUUUAUUCUAAGAAAAUCUCAAUCUCAAAAAAAUCAGUCAUGACAACUCUACAACCUAAUCAAGAUCCAGCUAGUCCAUUUUAUUUGCAUCCAACAGAUAACACUGCAAGUCAGUUAGUCUCAGUGAAAUUUAAAGGAGAAGGCUAUGGUGAUUGGAGGAGAAGUAUGAUGAUCUCUAUGUCAUCAAAGAACAAGCUAGGUUUUGUGAAUGGAACACUAGCUAAACCUGAUGUAACAGCUGACACUUAUCAGGCUUGGAUGAGAUGCAAUGACAUGAUGAUUUCAUGGAUACUGUUUAAUCUGGACACAAACAUUGCCAAAAGUGUGUUAUACUUUAACACAGCUAGAGAGAUUUGGCUAGACCUGGAAGAAAGAUUUGGAUACGUUUCUGGUCCACAGUUGUUUUCUCUUGAACAACAAGCUGCAGAAAUCACACAAGGAGGACAGAACAUUGCUGAAUUUUUCACAGAGAUUAAGUCUAUUUGGGACAAGAUAAGUGCUGCUAAUCCUCUGCCAUCAUGUACUUGCAACCAAUGUACAUGUAACUUGACUCAAAAGAUCUUCAAGAUGCAGCAAGACCAAAGGCUGAUGCAAUUCUUAAUGAAAUUAGGGGAACAUUUAAGCACUGCAAGGGGAAAUUUGUUGAUGAUGCAACCUUUGCCCACCAUCACUCAUGCUUAUAGGAUGUUGGCUCAAGAAGAAAGACAAAGAGAGAUCAGUGCUCCCAUGCAACAUACAGAGAAUCAUGUUUUCAUAGCAGAUAGAAGGAGGUAUAAUGACUUACAAGGAAGAAACAAUCCUUACAAAACUGGAUACAAGAACACUUAUCAGUAUGGUGGAAACAGAACUGGAUACAAGAAACCAUUUACAUAUUAUUGUGAUCAUUGCAAGGUCAAUGGACAUAGUACAGAAAGGUGUUUUAAGUUGCAUGGAUAUCCUCCAGGUUUCACUGGUUUUAAGAGUGACAAAAGAACAGCAGCAGCAGCUUACUUUGAUGAACCAUAUGGGGAUGAUAUGACAGAGUAUCAACCACAGUUCCAAGAAACUGACAGGGAACAACAACCAGGAUUUCUUACAGCUGAUCAGUGCACUCAGUUGUUAAGUUUGUUAACCAAACAACAGAAUGAGAAGAGUUCCACAGAUACACAGAAUGAUGAAGGAGAGGCUUCUGGCCAUGCAUUUAUGGCAGGGCCAUUUAAUGAAAAGGCCACAGGUUCUUGGUAGUGUGAGAUCAGGUCUAUACAGUGUGGACACAAGCAAAGAAGAUCCAGUUGUAACAAGUUCAACACAAUGUCUUUCAGCCACUGCAGAGUCAACAGAUGUGAAGAUAUGGCACCUUAGACUUGGUCAUAUGCCAUUUCUUAAGAUGAAACUUGUAGUGAAUAAUCUAGCUACUACCUGUAAUAAUGACAGUAUAUGUCAGAUAUGUCCAGCUGCAAAGCAACCUAGAAAUUCUUUUCCUGUAAGCAGUAUUAAGACUAAGAGAAGGUUUCAGAUGAUACAUCUGGACACUUGGGGUCCAUAUAAGAAUAAAACUCACAAUGGUUGUACUAUGUUCCUCACUAUAGUGGAUGAUUUUACUAGAACUACAUGGA